ACAGACACACACACACACACACACACACACACAGAGACACACAGGCGCUCUCUACUGACAGAACAGAACAGAACUCCCAACAGGGAUCAUGUCAGGAUGAAAAUGAACAAUAUGUCGCACCGUCUCCGUAUUUGGAAACGCACUCUUACGCCCUGAAUCCUGAAGAUGAGUGCAGCAUCAGAUAAAACCAGACUCCAGCAUCAGCUCUUCAACAAUUUUUAGCUACACCACAAAUGCUUCGUAAGGCAUUGAGCAAAUCCAGGAGUUCAGCCUUUCAGACUUACGCUUUGGUGUGUGUGUGAGCUUGUAUGUGUGUGAACUGGUCAUCAUGGCUUCAGAAAAUGUGACCUUGGAGAAUCAGCUUCACAGUGCGCAGAAGAACCUGCUGUUCCUGCAGCAAGACCACGCCAACACGCUGAAGGGCCUCCAUGCAGAAAUACGCCGCCUGCAGCAGCACUGCACUGAUCUGACAUACGAGCUGACCUGUCGCAGUUCUGAUCCGAACAAUGAUGGCGAGGCCCGUUGCAGAGAGCUACAGUGUCGCUGUGAGGAGCUGGAGGAGCAGCUGAAGGCCAAAGAACAGGAGAACAAUGAGCUGCUGCGGGAGCUCGAGCAGAAGAACGCCAUGAUCUCUGUGCUGGAGAACACCAUCCGCGAGCGUGAAAAGAAGUACCUGGAUGAGCUGAAGCUCAAGAGCCACCGGCUGGCUGUGUUAUCCGGGGAGCUGGAGCAGAGAGCCGGCACCAUCGCCUUCCUCACAGCGCAACUCCAUGCCACCAAAAAACGCCUGCUGGAGGGCGGAGCAGCCUUUAAACCGUCCCCACCGGCUGAACCCAGGCUCGACUCGCCCACCAACAGCGCCAGCAAGCAGCCGGACACGCCACGUAGGCGCAUGCGCAAGAGCCUUUCACAGCCACUGCACUGCGAGUACACCGAGCUCUACAGGGUGGGUGCGGCUGACGGCAGAAGAAUCGUCCUUAGGGACGCCACAGGAACGAUGCCCGACCCUGCGCCGUUCCUUCAGGCCCGAGACACACCCGUUAACCCCGAGGAACAGCCAGUGGUACGCGAACGACCCCCUGUAAUCCCGCCUAUCGCCUCUGCAACAAGCCCCGCCCAUGCUCCUCUGCCUCCGAGCCCCAGGCAGCAACGAGUCUCUGCCCACGUCGGUGUGGCACACAGGAUUCAUCACCCAGCUGCAGAAGUGGAGACGCUCGCUGUGGAUCAGGUUAGCGGAGAAAAAGUGGUGCGUAAAGCAUCAGGUACUGACAGAACUGUUUAACACACACACACAAUAACAGUGUCUUACACUUAUACUGAUUACAGCCAAUGCAGUAUGAGCAGGACUGAAACACACACACACACACACACACACACACACACACACACCCAAGCAGUGUAUAGAAAUCACACUAUAUAUCUCUGAGUACUAUAACAUUGGAAUAAUUCAUGUAGCCACACAAACACAGCCUGAACAAAGCGUUUAAAACACUGGACACACUCGGAGACACUCCAGCUUGACGGGUCGGUGACAUAAACAGGAGAACAGACGUGUGCUGCUGAUGAGGCUAACCGGGACUCGAGUCUCUCUAUAACCUGCUGUUUAUGCAAAACUGCAACAAGCAAAGAACAAGAGAAUUUUUUCAUGUUCAAUACCACAUCUUUUUUUUUUUUUUUUUUGGAAGCCGAGAGCACGCAUGCCAAAUGUUUCUCUUUUCUUACCUCACUCUCACGUUAAAGACCCGAUUUCGGUCAUCGUCUGGUUCUCUUUGUUGUUGUUUAUUUUUUUUUUUCCCUCAAACCUCAGUGUAAACAGCCAAAUCUCGUCAUCGCCUUUCGGUCUAGAUGCAUAUUUAUUGAUGCGCACUGCAGUAGUAAAGCAGGUUUGCACUGUCCUUCUGCCUCGUCUGUACACGUCGCUCACAUUACUGUAGACUCCUGCUGCUUUCUCUAACUGUAACACAUAAAGCAAGUGAGAUAACAAACAAA